AUGACGUUCACGGCCGCCUGCCCACCACCCUGCCUGUGUGCCAGCGACAUCGUCUCCUGCAGUGGUCGCAAUCUGUCAACCGUUCCCCCUGACCUCCCUGGCUAUGUCACCCGAUUGGACCUCAGUCACAAUGUCCUAUCUACUCUGCUUUUGGAUUGGCCAGACCGGUGUCUGGACAGGCUGACCACGCUGGUCCUCAGUCAAAACGCCAUUACCCAUCUGGCACCGGACACCUUCGCCCCCACCCCUCACCUUCGCCACCUGGACCUCUCGUCCAAUGGACUGUCUCGGCUCAACGCAUCUGCCUUCCAUGGGCUCGGGGAACUGGAAGUGCUGCUUCUGUUUGGAAACCGCAUCAGUCAGACCAUGGCGGGAGCCUUCCAGGGGCUGAGCAGCCUGGAAAGGCUGUAUCUGGGCAGGAACAGACUGGCUGCCUUCCCCCUGGAGCUCUACCAGCGAAAUGGGGCUUUGCCAUGUCUGCGUUUCCUGGAUUUGUCGAUGAACAUGGUGAGGCAGGUGCCCGUGCAGAGCCUACUCUCUCUGGCCACCUGGCAGCAGGGUGGCAUCUAUUUGCAGGGGAACCCGUUGGUGUGCGACUGUGCCCUGCGUGCCAUGCUGGAGUACUGGGAGAGGAGGCAGUACCGUCCCCUACUAGACUUCAGGGAGGAGUAUCCAUGCAGCCUGGGUCAGGAGGAGUGGCUGAAUUGUUCUGCUAGCCCUCAGGGUGGGUUCCAUGGAACUGUAGAAGUGUCUUACCAGGCAGAGCCUGGUGAUUGGCUCAUGGUGCCGUGCCCUGGCAUUUCUCUCCCCCUCCGGGAAGGGUUGAUGGUGUUCUGGGUGACCCCGGGCGAUGGAUCCCCGGCACUGGGCGUAACAGACGGUCAGAGCAGCCGCCUCACGGUCCUCACCAACGGUACCCUGGAGAUCAGAGGGGCUCUCCGGGAGGAUUCAGGGACUUACUCAUGCGUGGCAGUCCGCGGGCGACACCGGAGCUCCAACGAGACUUUGGAGGUCACCGUCUCCGUAGGUAACCCCAGCGGACUGGGCAAGAGCGGGGAGGAACGUAGCAGCGGCGGGGAGCAUUUUAACACGGCAUUUACCACGCUGGCGUCCUGUGUGGUCAGCAUCGUCCUGGUGCUCCUCUACCUGUACCUCACUCCCUGCCGUUGCCAUGGUGGAAAGGCCGGGGGCGUUGGUGGGUGCGGCGGGCGAGCCAUGCUCCUCUGUGCAGACCCCAGAGAGGCGGAGCUCGCAGACAGAAGGGUCACCGGUGGAAAGAGGGUGGCCUUCCUCGAAACGGGGGGCGAGCACCCCCACAAAUGCAGCGCCAAGCACCCAGUAAUGGACGCUGCAGCCAUAGAGGGCAUUUUGAAGAAUGGAAGCAGGGCCUUGGAGCAGGUCCAUGAAGAACACGUUGCGUAG